AAAAAAUAUUUUUUUGGAGUGGUGGUGGUGGAGGGGGGGAAGAGGGGGGAAUAAAUCCCACAGUUUUUGUUAACCAGGAGGUGGAAAGAACAUUUUUUUAAAUAAAAAACACUACCACAAAGGCACAGAGACAGACACAGAGACAGAGAGAGAGAGAGAGAGAAAUUUAUCGCCUGGAAAUCGAGCGCAAAAGGGGGUUCGUUCGAAACCCGUCUCGUGGAAUCCGUCGCGAAAAUGCCCUCAGACGUCCUGGAGAAAGCGUCCGCCUCUCCCGCGGCCGCCACUCCCGCAAACCUCACCCCGGGGUCAGAUAAGCCGAAGACCGCCUCUGAGACCCGAAAGUCCUCCAAACCGAUCAUGGAGAAGAGGCGCCGCGCUCGGAUCAACGAAAGUCUGAGUCAGCUCAAGACGCUCAUCCUGGACGCCCUGAAGAAAGAUAGUUCCAGGCAUUCGAAGUUAGAAAAGGCUGAUAUCCUCGAAAUGACAGUCAAACACCUGAGAAAUCUGCAGAGAGCUCAGAUGACUGUUGCUCUGAGCACCGACCCCACAGUCCUGGGCAAGUACCGAGCGGGUUUCAGCGAGUGCAUGAACGAGGUCACCCGAUUCCUAUCGACGUGCGAAGGGGUUAACUCAGAAGUGCGCACCCGACUGCUCAGCCACUUGGCCAACUGCAUGUCCCAGAUCAACGCCAUGAACUACUGCCAGCCCCUGCCUCCCCCGCCCCCGGGCCAGGCGGGGGUGACCGGCGCCUCGCACGCCGCCUUCGGACAGCCCUUGCACGUCCAUUUACCGGGAUCGCUGGGCAACGGGGUCGCCGGAGCCGGAGCUCUCAACGUGUCCUGCAAGCUGACCUCUGGGGCCCCGGUGAACGGGGCAGCCCCGGGCGCCGCUAAGAUGUGCGGUGGUUUCCAACUGGUACCCGCUUCCGACGGGCAGUUCGCUUUCCUGAUCCCCAACGCGGCUUUCGGACCCGGUGGGCAGUUGACGGCAGGACCUGUCAUCCCUCUGUACGCCAACGCCUCUACAUUGGCUCCAAGUCUCAGCAACGCCAGCAACAGCAGCAUCAACACCACCACCAGUUCUUCCUCCUCCUCCUCCUCCAUCUCUCCCGUCAAUGGCUCGCUCUUACAGACGCAUGGCAUCAGUUUCCCUGCCGCGCUCUCUCUCGCCAACGCGACUGCCGUCAGUCCGCUCGGUGCCGUUUUGGCAGGAGAUUGUUUGGAUUCCGUGUGGCGACCUUGGUAACUCAAACCCCCCAUCCCCAACCCCAACCCACCACCAUCAUCAGGUGGAGAAAGAGAGUCACAGAGAGAGAGAGAGAGAGAGGGAGACUCACAAAAGACUGAAGGAGAAAUGGAGAGAAACUUCUCAAAGUGACCUAUAAAAAGUUCCUACCUUCUCCAACCCCCACCCCCCACAACUCCGCUCCCUCCACUUCUGUGUCCACAGUUGUACUUUUAAGGACGGUAUCUCUCAUCCCAUCAAAUACUCAAAAAGUGUCCUAUUAAAAAGUUCCUAACUUUCUUUUUUCUCCCCAACCCCUACACACACUUCUGUCAUAUUGUACAGUGAGGACAACACACACACACUCUCUCUCACCCCCCACCCCUUCCCCCAUUCAUCCCUGCACUAUAUUUGUACAUAACUUUAGAAAUGUUCCUGUUUGAAUUUGUCUUGUUAAAAAAAGGAGAGGGGGGGGGAAAAAAAUAACCCGCUCAUCUUUCUAACGAGAUGACGUUUUUUUCCUCUCCACCAAAAUAUGCCAAAGAGAACUGAAUGAAUGCUCUUUAAAACAACGACAAAAGAAGUUUUCUUCCGUUUAGGAAGAUUUAUUUGAAAUAAUAAAAAA